AGUUCUUUCUCCUCUCCUCUGAAGCUGCUGGCCCUGGCCUCUGGCAAAGGCCAGAGACGGGGCUACAGGGACCCCCGGGGCUCAGCGGGCCUGGAAACAGCUGUGAUCAGACAGGCCUGGGUGGGGAAGCUGCGGGGGAGCCCCCCAGGGGCGCUGGAACUUUUUUGCAGUGGGGGGUGCUGCCGAUGGAAACCCUGGAAACCAGGUCUUUGGUGUCUGUUAGUUCUACUUCGGCACCCCUAGUUCCAGCAGCACUGCCCCCCUUUUCCAUCCAGGCAUUGCUCCAGACCACGCUCCUCCCCUGCGAGCAGGGGGGCGCCACUUCUCGGUGGCCGGGGCCUGGAGGCGGCGGGUUUCGCUCCAGCCCCGCGCUCGCCGCACCAGUCAUCAGCCGGGGAGGGGCGAGCGGGCCGCGCAAGCUCUGGGCAGCCGCCGGCUCCGCAGCUCCGGCUCGCCGGCCGCGCACGGAAGCGAAAUGUCGGCGGGCGCCGCGGCCCCCCGGGGCAGGCCCCCCUUCCAGAAGCGGGGCAGCCUGCAGGCCCCCGCCGCCGCAGAGAUCCAUGGUGGGCUGGGGCCUCGAGCGCUGCAGUCUGCCCACUCCCUGCCAGGGACUCUGCAUUGCCUGAAGCACUUCCCUGUCGACCUGCGCACCUCCAUGGAUGGCAAGUACAAGGAAAUCGCUGAGGAGCUGUUCUCCCGCUCGCUGGUGGAGAGCGACAUGCGCAGCGCCCCCUACGAGUUCCCCGAGGACAGCCCCAUUGAGCAGUUGGAGGAGAGGCGCCAGCGGCUGGAGCGGCAGAUCAGCCAGGACGUGAAACUAGAACCCGACAUUUUACUCAGAGCCAAACAGGACUUCCUGAAAAUUGACAGUGCUGCUGACUUACAGCUGUACAAGGAGCAGAACGAGGACCUGGUGGAUCAUCUCCCCAAGGAGCGGGAUGUGCUCCUGGAGCGGGAGUUCCAGAGGGUCACCAUCUCCGGGGAAGAGACGUGUGGGGUGCCCUUCACAGACCUGCUGGAUGCAGCCAAGAGCGUGGUGAAGGCACUGUUCAUCCGGGAGAAGUACAUGGGGCUCUCCCUGCAGAGCUUCUGCAAGACCACCGCCCGCUUCCUGGAGGAGCUCUCUGGGAAACCACUGGAGACCCGGGUCUAUGAGGAGAUCCCGGAGACCCCCGUGGCUGCAGAUGCUCCUGUGCACCCCCCAUUCACAGACCAGCACCCCUACGAGACCUGCCUCCCCGAGGCCAUGCCGCCUGACCUGGGCUUCGGCCUCAGGAUGGUCGGCAGCGUGAUCCAUGUCUACACCAAGCGGGAUGUCGUGGACAGGAGCACGGAGCUGGACCUGCCGUACCCCAACCUGCAGGAGUUCAUAGCCGACAUGAACGUCUUGAUGGCUCUGAUCAUCAAUGGCCCCAUAAAAUCCUUCUGCUACCGGCGGCUGCAGUACCUGAGCUCCAAGUUCCAGAUGCACGUCCUGCUCAACGAGAUGAAGGAGCUGGCGGCUCAGAAGAAGGUUCCCCACCGGGACUUCUACAACAUCCGCAAGGUGGACACGCACAUCCACGCCUCGUCCUGCAUGAACCAGAAGCACCUGCUGCGCUUCAUAAAGCGCACCAUGAAGAAGCACCUGGAUGAGAUCGUGCACGUGGAGAAGGGCAAGGAGCAGACCCUGAAGGAGGUCUUCGAGACCAUGAACCUCACAGCCUACGAUCUCAGCGUGGACACGCUGGAUGUCCAUGCGGACCGUAACACCUUCCACCGCUUUGACAAGUUCAACACCAAGUACAACCCCAUCGGGGAGUCCAUCCUGCGCGAGAUCUUCAUCAAGACGGACAACCAGGUCUCGGGGAAGUACUUCGCUCACAUCAUCAAGGAGGUGAUGUCCGACCUGGAGGAGAGCAAGUAUCAGAACGCGGAGCUGCGGCUCUCUGUCUACGGCAGGUCGCGGGACGAGUGGGACAAGCUGGCCAAGUGGGCUGUGAGCCACAAGGUGCACUCCAACAACGUGCGCUGGCUGGUGCAGGUGCCGCGCCUCUUCGACGUGUACCGCACCAAGAAGCAGCUGGCCAACUUCCAGGAGAUGCUGGAGAAUAUUUUCCUGCCCCUCUUCGAAGCCACCAUCCAUCCUGCCAGCCACCCGGAGCUACACCUCUUCCUGGAGCAUGUGGACGGCUUUGACAGCGUGGACGACGAAUCCAAGCCGGAGCAUCGCAUCUUCAACCAGGACAGCCCCCUGCCCGGGGCCUGGGUCGAGGAAGACAAUCCGCCCUACUCGUACUACCUCUACUACAUGUACGCCAACAUGACAGUGCUGAACCACCUGCGCAGGAAGAGGGGCUUCCACACCUUUGUACUGCGCCCUCACUGCGGGGAGGCGGGCCCGAUCCACCACCUGGUGUCGGCCUUCAUGCUGUCGGAGAACAUCUCGCACGGGCUGCUGCUCCGCAAGGCGCCGGUGCUGCAGUACCUCUACUACCUAGCCCAGAUCGGCAUCGCCAUGUCCCCGCUCAGCAACAACAGUCUCUUCCUGAGCUACCACCGCAACCCGCUGCCCGAGUACCUGUCCCGCGGCCUGAUGGUCUCGCUCUCCACGGAUGACCCCCUGCAGUUCCACUUCACCAAGGAGCCCCUGAUGGAAGAGUACAGCAUCGCCACGCAGGUGUGGAAGCUCAGCUCCUGUGACAUGUGUGAACUCGCUCGCAACAGUGUGCUGAUGAGCGGCUUCUCCCACAAGGUGAAGAGCUACUGGCUGGGACCCAAUUACCUGAAGGAAGGGUCCGAGGGGAAUGACAUCAGACGCACCAAUGUGCCAGACAUCCGGGUGAGCUACCGCUUUGAGACGCUGUGCCAGGAGCUGACACUCAUCACGCAGGCCGUGCAGACGGCGGAGCUGGAGACCAUCCAGGAAGAGGACUCCCUAACCAUGAGCUCCAGCCUGGGCACGCAGUGAAGGACGCUUGUCUGCGCGCUCCCCGCAGGGGGCUGGCCUGGCGCAUGAGAACCCCCUGCUGCCUUUCAUAGCAUCUGCACUCUUGGCCCCGGGGAUCCUGUCCGUUCCCUGUCGUUGGGUUCGCUGCAUUCCCCUUUGCUUGGUGUUUCCUCGAGGAAGGGGCUCAUUCUCUUUCCUGAGCGGCUGCCUUUGGGAAUGGGCUGGGGCCUUUUUAGUUGGUUGCUUUGGGUUGUUAGUUUUCUUCUGCGUUUGUUCUACCUUUUUUUUUUUUUUUUUACUCCUGCUGGACUCUAGCGUGAGGGUCUGCUGGGCCGUUUGGGGGCACUAGUGCAGAGGGAGCUGGGUGGAAGGCCGGGAGCAUGGAUCCUGGCACCAUGGGGAGAGGAGACACGAGGGGCUUGGCGUGUAACCGCACAGGCCCCGGUGAGAGGCUUGGAGGUGCUAGUGAGCCUGCGGCAGGCAACUGUGGCAUGAGCGUGCUGGCGUGCAAACUCUGGUACGUGUCAAGGGGCUGGCACCCCUCUCGCUUGGUGGGGGUGCACGUGGGUGGGGGCUGCUGGAGCAUGGUGCUCUGGGCAGGUGCCAUGCUCUGGGCAGGUGCCAUGCCCAGCGUGGCUUGUGUUAUGCCUGGGAAAGGUGUUGCCUUGAGAUUGUCAGUCCGGUGAGUUCUGUGGCUGGAUGUCUCUGUGUCUGGAGCUGUAGCCAUGAGGGCAGGUGGCUGAGAGCUGGGCAUGCCCUUGCCCAGGCCUCCAGCCUGCUGCAGCCAUGCCCCCUGCCCCACGAGGCUGAGCUCUAUGGGCCACGGUGCUGGGGGCUGGCUGGGCCGUGGACUUCGCCAAGAAAGGAGGAUCCACCCUCCAGAUUCCUCAAACGGUGACACCUGAGUCCUCCGACCCAGCCUGUGGUCCUGCCUGGAAUGGGGGGAAGGCCAGGGGCCGGGGCAGAGGUAUUUUUAACUCCGUACGCAUCUAGUGUCAGUCUGAGCAUUUCUCUGUCAGUGGCAAGGGAGGGCCCUGGGCGUCUUUAUUAACCCUCUAGCUCCUGGGAACCGCCCAGUCAGGGCAGUCACAGCCAGCCUAGUCUCUCGGGGGCAGUUCCUGUGGGAGACCCCGGGAGCUCCCUGGCAGCAGUAGGGAGCGAGGCCCCAGUUGUCUGUGCCUGGUGCCCAACUUCGUCUGGGUGUGUUGGGCUGCAGAACCAUUCUCCCACAUGCGCUGCUUCGCAGCUGUCCCCGGCCCCUGCUGAGCCACCGCGGCCCCACCUGCUCUGCUCCCAUGCAUCAGGGGCCGGCCAUGGGCUUGCAGAGCGCUCUGUGGCCAAGUCCCUGUGGCAUUACCCAGAGGGGCCCUAGAUCUGACGGGCCCCUCCCCCCCCCCCCACCUCUGUUCUAGGGUCCUGGACUACCGAGACGGGACAGUGCCAGUGUCCAGGGGGUGGGGAAGGAACCGUCUCUGGCUCCCCAUGGAACGGAUCCAGACCACAUGCUCCCCGCCCCUGCGACUGCUGUGAGGAAGAGAGGCCCUGCCCGCUCUGCUGGGGUGCAGUGCGGAGCUCAGCCCCCCAGGUCCCCUUGAAGGGAAGUUUUUAUAGGUUGGGGGGUGACCCCUUCGCUGGGGAGGGGCUGGCUGUAUGUGGCUGGGGCCAGAGCUGCCCACCCUGCCCUAGAAACAGGCCCCUGGACUCUGUGCCCUUGUGUCUCCCUCCUGCAUUUGGGCCCCGUGUAGCCAGUACAGCUAGGCAGCCCUGGCACCACACCCAUCUCGCUGCCAUGGUGAGAGAUCAGGGGGUUGCGCAUGGGCGGGAGGUUCCCUGCCCCCACUGGCUCCUGGGAGCAGCCCCCCAUGCUGGGGCAAAGCUCAGCUCCCUCCCCCCUUAACUCUGGUCACAGUCACUGCCUGGGCCCAUAUGUGCGGGGCGCUCUCCUCCAUCCAUCCCCGUCCCCUUGCUCCUCCCCACGCGCCCGCCCAGCCCAGGGGACGGUCCUCACCCGGCUCCCUCCAGGGCUGUUCGGUCAGCUGGACCUGUUCCCCCAGAGCCCCGGCCACAGCAGGCUGCUCCCGCUCUGACCCUCCAGGUCCUGUCAGACAAUUCCAGCAGCCGCACCCUGGCCACUGGCCUAGCUGAUGUCUGGGGGCGCCCAGGCCCUGUCCCAGAGCAUUCACGGUGGGGCUGGUCCAUGGGGGGUAGGAGCUCUCCGUCCAUGUGUUAGUCCUGCCCCAUGCCCCUUACCUGGGGUCCUGGUGCUGGAAGCUCUGAGGAGCCGUCACUGCCCUGCAGGCUCUGGCCGAUGCUGGCGCACAGAGCAGUGCAGAUCAGAGCCACAAGCAGGGUCCAAAGCAGAGGGUCUCUGCAGAUCCUGGCUAAGGAGUGGGGGCGGGGACUAUCCACCCAGUGGCCAGGUUUAUCAGUAGGGGAUUAUCCCCCAUACUCGACCCCCUGCUUCACUGGAGCCUGUCCCACUUCUCCGUGCUGCCUAAGCCCAGAAAGUUUUGAUUUCUGUGUACCUUAGAGCUGUAUUUUACCCUCCCACUCACACUCUGGUGUUGCUGUGUCAUUCGAUUAACAGCCGGCACGCAGUCGUUGUUCUCCAUUGUCAUGUCAAAAAAGAGCAUGAUCAAUAAAUACAAACUAUUUAAGUAAA